ACAGGACGUAGGCAAGUCACAUCAAUUAGCCUUUUCAAUGAUUUGCUGUUUGAUCCCUUUGUUGUAUGGUUGUUGCUAGGAGACCUGUUGAGUCCCUCCUCUGUGACGUCAAGGCUGCUCUGGAUGGAAGGGGAAGCGAGCAGCCUCUGAUUCUGGAACGCAGACCAAGGUGCAUCAUUCAAACCAGGAGAAAAACCACGCGAAGUGUUGAAGGAAACAGACACUCGGGUACCUCUGGUAACUCUUUUGCUGAACAAGAAAUGAUGCUGUAUUUGGCUCUAUUUCUCUUCCUGCCCUUCGCCACAGCCGCUCCUGCAGCCUUGGUAAGUGAAGGGGCAGCACGGAGUAAAGAUUUUUCUGAUGAACACGGAGAAGACGACAGGAUAGAAAUAGAUAUAGGGAAGGAGGGCAUCAUUUCCAUUGAGAGGGCACCUCUAGUUGGUUAUCAGCCUUGUUGGAAUCGUUUGCUACCUCAAGUCUACCACCUUGAAUGCAACACAAGUGGUCAUUUUUCAGUUAAAUCUGAACUGUUGACAACAAAAUUCAUUUCAUGACCUCGCAGUAGCUGCCCCAGUGUCACAGCAGUUUCCUCAUGACAUCAUAAAGGAGCUGGGCUGUCCUACCACCACUAUCAGCUACUGUUCCCCUUCAAUAUUUUAAUCUUAGUGAGGGCGAAUGAAGACCAAUGUUACAUGACUAGUAGAAUACCUGACCCAAUGAUUUUAGAAGUUUACUUACUGUCACAAACUUUAAGUUACUGAAAAGGUGCUCAGUGGAUUAGACAAAAGUGCUGAUUCAAUUUUCAAGUGAUGUAAUAAACAUCUUGUGUGAGUUGGCUAGGGACAAAACAGAGAAUAGUGCUGAACAGCUGGUUAUUAAAUUGGAAGAAACUACAGUGAUGUCUCCAGGGGGUUUGGAAGUAGAACCACAACCCAUUUUAUAUGCAUGGUCUGAAAAUGUGUAUACAGGGCAUAAUUUUAAAGUAUCCAGACGACACAAAACUUGGAAUGUAGAAAUGAUAAACUGGAGAUUUAUGGAAUGAUUUUAGGGUUGUCAGACUUCAGUUAAUUAGAGAGAUGAGAGAAUUUGGGUUUGUAUCCAUGCAGCAAGAACAAUAAAGUAAGAUUUAAUAUAAAAGUUCACACUGUGAAAGGUUUUGAUAAAAGUAAACUAGGAGAAGCUAUUCCCAAUGACAGGUGAGGAGGUCAGCACAGAUUAAGGUAACUGUCAAAAUAGCCAGAGAGGAGAUGAGAUUUUUUUAAAUGCAAUGAAUUAUGAUGAUCUGGGUUGUGGUGCCUGAAAGGGUGAUGGAAGGAGAUUGGAUAGCAAUAGUCAAAAAGAAUUAGAUAAGUAUUUAUGGACAAAUUUGGAGUGCUAAAAGGUAAGAGCGAUAGAGUAGGACAAUUGGAUAUUGUUUUCAUUGAUGUUGCAUUGACAUAUAUGAUGGCCAAAUUGCUUCUUCCUGUACUGUAUGAUUCUAUGAAGUUGGAGUAGUUUGCAUUAGCCAUCUGAAAUCUGAGAUAUAAUUACAAUGUGGUUUAAGUUUGGUUUCAUUGAGACACCUUGUAAGACAUACCCGAAGCACUUUUCAUCAACUGGUAGUCCAUUUAAAAAAUUGUAAGUUGCCGUGGCGUUAUCACAUAUGCAUGAUGUGUUCACCUACCUACCUGAACGUAAAUCCCAAAUUUGUCAGUAUUAGUGAGUAAUGUCAGAUCAAAGUUAUUAAAUGAAUUCCUAUAACUACUUUGACAUUUAUGGGGGAUUUCAUCAUUGAAGCUAAAUACUGAAAUCAUAAUCCUGUUCCUUUACAUGUGGGGCAACUCAUUCCUCUCUUCAAACAGAUUCUGAAGAAGAGAUAUAAAAUUUUAGACAUUUUAGUUCUCUUGUAUAACUGUAGUUUAGUAAUUUCACCGCUAAAAUUGCAGUGGUUCAAGAAGAUAGCUCACCACCAUCUUCAGAAGGGCAAUUAGGGACGGGCAAUAAGUGCUGGUAUAGCCAGUAAAGCUCACAUCCCCUGACUGGAUUAAAAAAAAAGGUAAUGUUUAGCCUGAGACUUGGGGUUGACUCCAUUUUUUUGUGUGUAUCACUUUAUAGUGAAGACUUCUGGUUUCACUUUCCUGGAUCACAUAACAGUAGAUAGCUCUGUUUAAAAUGUUAUAGUCUUGAGGAUACAGAACGUGAAAUGAAAUACCAGCCAAAAAUUGUUUUUUAUCGAUUUUCAUUCUCCUGUGUUAGUGCACAGACAGUUGUGACAAGACAUUGUGUGUGAGGCAAUUGAAUGCAACAGAGAGCCUCCACGCCUCUUGGUCCCAACCUUAUUUAUGUUGCUACGGGAAGACGUUGAGCACAGACUUUCUCAAAGGGAAAUCACAAACACUACUACAAUACUAAUACCAGACUGGGUGAUCAUGAGUAGCUUGUCUACAUGUCUGUUCAUUGUGUGGUCCUCAAAGCUAUCCAAAAUAUAA